ACCUAGUGCAACACCGUCUGGACAUUGCUAAGGAGCUGGGCGCCACUCAUACUCUGCUGCUGACGCGUGAUGAGAAAGCUGAGCAGGUCGUGGACUGUGUACGUCACACAAUGAUUGAGGACCCCGACAUAUCGAUUGACUGCUGUGGAGCAGAGAGCAGCACACGCUUGGCAAUCUUUGCUACACGAGCAGGAGGUGUUGUUGUUAUCGUUGGCAUGGGACCGCCUGAAAUGAAGCUGCCUCUAUUCAAUGCCCUGGCACGAGAAAUUGACAUUCGCGGUGUCUUCCGUUACUGCAAUGACUAUUCCGCUGCUUUGUCCCUGGUGGCCUCUGGAAGAGUAAAUGUAAAGCGGCUUGUGACCCACCACUUUGAUAUUCAGGAUACCCAAAAGGCAUUCGAUACAGCUCGUAAUGGCAAGGGCGGUGCCAUCAAAGUUAUGAUACAUGUUCAACCUAGGAAUACCAACAAUCCAGUGAGAUGUUAGAUUGUAGUAAGCUCUGGGUUCAGAAAAUAUGGUUUCGAAAAUAUGUAAUACGUAUAGUCAGAAAGAAUAAAUAUUUUGGUUUGGUGCAAAAUUUCAACUUUGUUCUUAGAGUGCUUCGUGUCGGCACUUUACACUUGGAGGAAAAUAGUUAAAAUGUCCAAUAUGCUGUACUGGCGGUUGUCUCAAUCUCUUUGCACCGACUCAUUUGUUAGGCUGGUUUCCUGCCGUUCAUUGGUUCCUAUGAUUCGUUACUUACAUGAAGAUAGAACUGAUCCCAAUUCUGAAUU